GUUAUCUGGUCAAAGGUCUGCAUUGUUGCAGCUUGCACCCCUUCGUUCUAUGCUUGCUCAAGCAUGUUAUGGUUAGUAAAGUCUACAACCAUUGUCUUUUUUGUUCCCUAGGAGUGAAGUAGAAGUAGUGCUCUCUCUGCUCCUACUCGCCACAGAUAGAAGUCUCAUCGUCUGCCCCGGGCCACCAUUCUCUUUUAGCGUCUAUUUCUCGUCAUCGGAAGACAAAGUUGAGUACUUUCUCCGACCGAUGAGAAACGUGUAAAGUUAAAGACUGAUUUUUUUCCUUCGUCUGGCGACCUACUUGGUCAUGGGGAAACGCACUCAUCUUUCUUCUUAUAAUGAAGUUUAAACAUGCUUGAGAACCGAGCUUGCAUCACAGAAUUGGUCGUCUUGCACGAGUUGGUGAAACGUUGCAGCUCCUAAGGGCUCUCCCACCCGCAUUUGUGUUCCCAUCACCAUCACAUUGAAGUAAUCGGACUCCGGCUAUUAUUCCUGGCGCGGCCUACUGGGAUCUCGCCCUGACUCAGCCCGCUGCAGGCGCUCCACGUAUCUGCGUCCUCUCGGACCAGUGUCAGUGCAAGGGAAAAGGAGCUCAAGAAAACCCACCUUUCACAUCACUGCCCACGUACUAAAGAACCCUAGCGUGAUAUUGCUGCAUGAAAGAUUCUGAUGCAGAAAACACAGGUGUUUCUAAUGUAUGCUUUCAUCAUGUGUGCAUGCGACCAUACUUUCUUUAUCUCAGGAACGUGCUCCAAAAUGAGAAUAUGUGCUUUCAGUUGGAUCUAUGUGAAUCAUGGAAGAAGGUUUUGAUCAGGUUAUUGUGUUGCCUCAUCAAGGGGACUCUAGGACGGCUUGUUCUUCCACUAUGAGUAACCUACUUUACUAUGGGUAGUGAGACACUCAUGUGCUCGGUUGGUUUCUAGUUAAGUGAAGCUCGAACGGAAACCAUCCUGCCAGUUGAUAUUUACUGGUGGUCUAGCCAUAUAACCAUCUGUGCAGUGUUCCAUGGAUGCUUGAGUAUUCAGGUUUUCCAGAUCUGAAAGCGACUUGAGAUAUCAGCACCAACGAUUAAAUUUGUCAGAGAAGGCGAGUUGGGUGGUAACUGGUAAGUAGAGGGCAUUCAACUCUGCUGGGAAGGUGAAUAUGACACGCUGAACAGGAUUGGGUGUGCUGAGUGUUGCUAGACAUGUGUGGCAUAUUCUCUCAUUUAGCUGCAAAGUUUGCCUUCUUCCCACCAAAUCCACCUUCAUAUCAGGUGAAGAAUGAGAAUGGGAGGAUGGUAAUUGCCAAUCUUCCAAGAGACGAUGCAAUGGAUGUGCUGCUGCUGGACACUAAAUACGGGAACAAGAUCGUGGCUUUGUAUUUUAGGAACCCGUACGCCAGGCUGACGGUUCUCUAUUCUCAUGGAAAUGCGGCUGAUCUCGGGCAGUUGUAUGACCUAUUUGUGCAGCUUAAGGUGAACCUCAGGGUUAACUUGAUUGGGUAUGACUAUUCCGGAUAUGGAGCUUCGACUGGUAAGCCUACUGAAAGAAACACGUAUGCUGACAUAGAAGCUGUAUAUCAAUGCCUAGAGACAGAGUAUGGGGUUAGUCAGGAGAAUCUCAUUCUAUAUGGGCAAUCUGUUGGAAGUGGUCCAACGUUGCAUUUGGCCUCUCGAUUACCAAGGCUACGAGGUGUUGUUCUUCAUAGUGCUAUACUUUCUGGUCUUCGUGUGCUCUGUCAUCUAAAAGUCACUUUCUGCUUUGACAUUUACCAAAACGUUAACAAAAUCAGAAAGGUGAAAUGCCCUGUCCUCGUGAUACAUGGUACUGAAGAUGAUGUAGUGAAUUGGUUGCAUGGAAAGGGACUGUGGGAGUUGGCCAGAGAACCAUAUGAACCGUUAUGGAUCAAAGGCGGUGGACACUGUAACCUGGAGUUGUAUCCUGAUUACAUCCGCCACUUGCGCAAGUUUGUUGUUGAAAUGGAAAAUACAACCACCAAAAUGCGGCUUGCACAGAUACGCAGGUGCUACUUGAAGCCACAGAAUAGCAGGUGUUGUAAGUUUAGGUUGUAUUGUUGUAGAAUCAGACGGCGGCAGCUGAAGUUCAGGCUAUGGAGACCCAGAUUUAGAUGUCCCAAAUGGCCCGACUGCUGUAGGCUAGGAUGCUAACAUCAGUUUUAGUUUGACACACCUAAGUUUGUAACAUUGAGAGAGAGAGAGAGAGAUGUAUAAAGCACACUGAUGCUCCUGUCCUAUACGCACGAUCAGGUGAAGAAAGACAAUAAGCCUCUUAUUGUGCUGAUGGAGUUUAUUUGUGAAAUGUGGUAAAUUGGUGUGAUUGGAAAUGGUAACGGGAACUGCCCAUUUGGUUUUGGUUGUAAUCCAGUUUAAUCUCUGACUCUACGCUGUAUCCCAUUCGUUCAUCGUUUCU